GAUUAGUAUUGGAAGGAAUUAUGGUAGGAAGAAAUGGAGCAAGUAGUACUAAAAGAAGCUCAUUCAUGAGCAAAACAAAUUCAGUUUCUCAAUCUUUAGUGGCAUAUGAAGAGACUCCUAACCUAGCGGAAAGAAGAGCCCAUUUAUGUCAACAGGCCGUGAAACACCUCCAAAAAGUGACUUUAGAAGUUGCAAAAAAGGGUGAGAGGCAUUUGGUUGCCAAUAUCUACAGACAAAACAUAGAAAAAGACUUUCGUUUGCUCCGUUGUAUGGACUGUUUACUUACAGUUUCACACCAUUGUCGUAGCUACGCAGUGAGUCUGAUCAUCGAGUGGAUGAAGGAGUUCCAAUCAAACUCCAACAAUUCAAAGUUUUUCCUUGAAGAACUCAUAUCUAUCGAUGGUGAUGGAAUCUUGUUGUAUGUGUGCCAAUUGAGAACACUCCAGUUGCUUUUGGAUAAAAUGUUUCUUGAGAAAUGUGAGAUUCCCAAGAAUCUGCUAGAUGAUAUAUUGUCUCUCACUGUCGAGGAGUUGAUAAAUUUAGCAAAGAAUUGGGACAAUGAGUGUAGCCCUCAGAUUGGCUUUGUCCUUAUGGUUUGUUCUGACUUCCUCGGUUCUUUAUCUAUGUUUUCCUUACAUGAAAUAUUGAUCAGAUUCCAAGGAAAAAUGUUAAAUUCUGCCGGUAGUACUUCUCUAUCGUCUCUCUUUAGUCUUCGUGAUUCCGAAAAUGAGAACUUGUUCUAUUUGAGUAUUUUGAAAGGUUUGAGAAUAUCAUUAUUGGACUCGAGUUUCAUCAAGAGUUCUACUCAGCUUCUAGAAUUCUAUCGUUCAUUGCUGACAGGAACUCGCUCUACUGCAAUCAAACAUAUGAUAGCGGACAACAUUUCUGUUCUGUUGCUGCAAAAUGUACAAUUCGAACUCUGCGAGUCAACUUCAAUGGCAAAAUGGUACAAAACGAUCGAUGACCUUUAUAGUUUGCUUCAAAAAUGGUUGACGAAACCGAAACACAUGGCUAAAGGCUUUCCUGUUUGUGCCUUGCUGCUAAAAGCAAAACAUGUGGACGUCUUAAAGAAGGAAUUGUGGCCAUUUAUCAUGCGGUGCUGCAAGCAAUAUGAAGAUUCAAAAGAGUUACAACUAAGGAUUGCAACUGCGAAGGCUCUGAGUCAUGCUCUGAAAAUGUAUAUCACAACGAAAGACACAUCUUCGAUUCUAACUGAACAACUUGAACAAAUAUUGAAAAAACUUUUGUCACCUGAUCGCAUGUUUUCCCAAGCCUGCAAAGACUUGUAUGAUAUUCUAGCAAAAUGUGUGAUGAUUGUUAUACACUUUUCUCCUCUUAUCUGGAUAAAUCUUCUUGAAGAAUGGUGGCAAAACAACAAGCUCUUCUCGCUCUCAGAAGUCUCAUAUGUUUUCUAUCAAGUUGCAGCGUUUUCACUGAAAGACGAAUUGCUGUUAAGAGAUGAAGAUCUUUGUGAUGAUGGGAUGUUUGAUAAAAGUCAGAGUGCAGUAGACUGGAGUCCUGAGAAUAAAUUAAAACUUGCUCAAAUGUCAUGCAAGAUUCUGAGGGCGACGUAUGCAUAUUUAGAUCGAACAAAGUCACAAGUACUAAGUACAUUGGAUCCGUCCGAUGUUCAUUGUCUUUUGAAAUUGCAAUUGAAGGGAGUUCAUUGCUUGUUGAGUUCAAUAUGUGAGAAAGAAAUGCAGUCUUUAUAUGCUCCUGUUACCGAUAUGGCAUGUCAAACUGAUUGUUGCUUUAUACAUGAGGCUGAAUCACUGCUGUUAGACAUGUGCAAUCAAGCGGAAGAUGCUGAGGAAUCUGUCUUGUAUCAAAUAUCAUUGAAAUUUAAUUUUAGAAAGAGCAAUCCUCUGGAUCUAUCAUAUUCUCAUGUGGGUCGAGUCAUACAAGUUUUCAACCAAGUAUUAACUUUGCAGAAUCGCACAGAAUCUAGCAAAUUGGUAGAGAAGUCUAUAGGAGGCAAUCUAAGAACUUUAUUACUUCGAUUUCAAGAGACUUCUGUCUUACUUUAUUUUCUUCCUUCAGUAGAUUUGAGGAGAAACUUGCGAGAUUCUUUAACUUUGAUUCAAACGUUGAUGUUUGGAAGAACAUGUUCAGAGCUAGAAGCUUUCUCUGCUGAAGAUAAACUUGUUGAAAUGCACUUGGAAGAAUUGAAACCAAGAAGUACUUCAAGAGGAACAAAUGACGAAUUAUCUUAUGAGUUCUCCUCUACAGCACGCUUUUCUCGAUUUCUAUGUACGUGGCGUUCAUUUCUUUCGUUCACUGUCCGGCAGUCGCCAGAAAAUUCAAAAGCUGGAAUUGUGAAUGCUGAGCAAAUGCUGCUGUAUUUAAAUGGAAAUUUUGAACAAUCCUUUCAAAGCAAUGUGAAGCUGCAUGAUCGAUUUCCCGGAUUUCAAAUAGUUAACAUUUCAUUCUUGGAAUCCAUCGAGUUGUAUUUUUCGUUGUUCUUUUAUAUUCUUUGUUCCAUCCACGAACAGUGUAAGCUAGCGUCCUCAGGGAUCACGGGGGAGAGUCGUUCUCAACUUCGAAAGAUUUUUCAAUCAGUGCUUUCUCCAAGUCUCCUUGGAAUCGAUGGAACAAAGAGUCCUCUUUGUACGAUUUAUUCUACUCGUCUUUUGGAAGCUUUGAAGAAUGUCCCAUCCGACUUGUCUCUAUGCAUUGCGUUGGAGGCAGAAGAAUUAACAUUUUCCUCUCCUCAUGUACAACAAACAAAGGGACGAUCAAAGCGUCAGAAAGAUCAUUAUCGUAUUUAUUAUACAAAAAUAUUGCUGGCAUUGUUGAGUACCUUGAAUGAAACAGACAAGUGUUGCAUGAAUAAUGGAGUACUGGAGCUUUAUUCUCGAUUUUUCUCUAAAAUGUUGCAAAUUAUGGGUCAAUCUGUGGAAAAUCCUCAAAAUCCUUUCGAUCUCAUGGCUUUGCGAGAAACUUUUUGUCUAUGCUUGUUGAAGGCGUUGUCUGCGUUUAUUGCCAUAUCCAGUUUUUCUGUCCAUUUUAAAGGAAUUUGGAAGGAUGCUCUGCUCCUGAUGCAACGGUGGAUUGCAUCGUCGAAUGCACGAAAGUAUAGUUCUGCAUCACGUGGCUCUUCUAUUUUUCGUACAAGUUUUCAUGAUCGGUCCAGUCGUGAAGAGUCUUUUACAGUAGAAGACCUACAAGACCGCAUCAGAAAGCUUUCUCUCAUCUGUGUCACGGUCUUGUUGGGAUAUGCUGAGUCAUUUGGCAUUUCGAAGGAAGUAUUUCAUUCUGUAAGCUUUCAUUUGGAUUCCUUAUUGAGUAAUGUACUCGAGGAGCUUAAGAUUUUUGACUCAAAUAGAUUGGAAAAACUGCAGUGUGACUAUUCCAUGCUGAAACCUGCUAUCGUACAGAUACUGAGUUUUGAUAAUCGGUCGUUAAGAAUCCUGAUGGAACUUAGCGUUUUACCAUCCAACCAUUCAAAUGAGGUCGUUGCAUAUCAUGCUGUUCUUUUACUACUUGAGUACAUUCACCGUCAUUAUGAUAGAGAAGAAGUGUCCCUAAGAAGUGACAAACUCUGCAUAGAGCUUUUUUCUCUUGUUUAUUUUGUAAUGGGAUGGGAUAGAGAGUGUCUCUUUCCACUGGCAUUGAAGUCCCUUGUAUCUCUUGUCUCUGUUGCCACGAAAAAUUUUACAUAUGAAUUCUCACUAGAGUUCCAUGAGUAUUUUCCUAGUCUAUGUCAGGACGAGAAUUUUAUCAACGAUAUAUCGAAGAGGAGUGCUAUAUUGUGUGCGGAAGUGGCAAGUAAUAUUGUCAGCUCUGUCUUCGCAAAGAUCGAACAAAGCAUCAAGGACAACGCUGAAUAUGAUCAUUCUCGGAUACUUUCCUUUUUAGAGCCAUGGCUUGAAAGAGGAGAUAUCGCAGAAUGUACAAUAGAAGAACUGCUUUCUCUAGAAGAAACCACAUAUGAAACAUUUCGUGAUAGCAAGCUUAUUUUGAAGGCGUUUGAUGCUCUGUGGCAUGCAUUGGGUUAUCGUAAGGACAACUUACAAAGAGCCUUGAAUGUGCUUUUUAUUGCGACUCGCCAAAAAUUGAAACAAUCCAACAAAAGAAACAACGAAAUACUAGAGUUGAUAAAGAGGGCCGCAGUAAAGUUGAGUGAAAAUCGUGUUGGCUUCUUUUUAUUGAACAUAUUAUCGUAUGUUAUCCCUAGUCACGUCAUCGAAGAUCUAAUGAAUUCUUGUAAAGAAGCGGUUCCAGAAUGCGAGCGUAAUAGACAAUUCGACGACAUUCCAAUUGUGGUUGUUCUGUUAUCGGAAACGAUUCAGAGAAAUAGCGAAGACAUUCGGGCAUUCCUUCCAAUCAUCUUUCAUUUAUCUAUUUUUACACAAACGUCGAAUAAUAUUUCCCAACAGAAGCAUGGAAGACUGCUGCUAGCAAAUGUUUUGUCUCGCUUCUUGCUUCCCCAUAUCGAGCGUUGUUGUAGACAAGAUAUAUGGAGACAGUGUGUUCAGUUAUCAGCACAAAUUGCUGCAGAUAUGCAACAGCUUUCCAUGCAGUGGAAUCCUCAAGAUAUUGCUUGCUCUCCAGAAGAGAUGUUGAGUCCAAGAGAUGGAGAUUUACACUUGUUCAGUUUCUUAGAAAAACUCAUUGGACUGUCCUCCUAUGGUGAACCUCAACUUCGAACCUUGUGGAGUCGUCAUUGUUUAGCAUUGAUCAAAUAUCGCCUUGGCCAAACAUUAGGAGUUGUAUCGCUAAGAUUAUAUCGUCUGCUGGGUCCUUGUUUGGACAAGGAUUCUGUUGACACUUUGUUGUCAUGCGCAAAGAACGAAUUCUUUUCUAAUAAUCCUGAUCGUUACAGAAUCUCUCAUUUAUUACAAAUAUUGUACCUGUUGGCAACAAAAGUUGAGAAGGAGAAUUUGGUUACCGUUCCGCCAAUGCUUUCGUUUGCAUUUGAGUUGAGUUGCUCUAAUGAACCUUGGAUAAGACUUCAUGCAGCGUAUUUAUUUAUGAAGCUAUAUUCUACAGGAAACUCAGUUGGUGAAGGUAUCUUUAAUCAACUCGUAGAAACAGAGUUUUAUAGUGGACUGCACAAUUCUCCAACCAUUCUUGAAAUCUGCAAGUUGGCGAUAUCCACAACACAGUUGCAGAAAUCUGAACACGUGAUCUUCAUUUAUCUCACCUUGCUACUACGCUUACCUUGGCGCCCGGAGACAUCGAAACAGAAAAACUGUCUUGUGCCAGUAAUUGUAACAAGUUUUAUUUUUCUAACGACUUUGCUGGUUUCUCAAAACGACCAUCAAAAAACAGAAGACCAAGUUCUCCAGCUCUAUCGUCAAACGAUUUCCGACACUGAUUUGCCGGUGAUUCGAGUAGAACAUCAAAAUAAUUCGAUAGCUUACUUUAGAAUAACCUGCGUGCAUCUUUGCUAUAUUCUGAAACGCCUACAUUUAUCCUCUCUGGCGGAGACCUUACAAAACUUUUGCAAUUCUAGAAAAUAUUGGAAAGUGGAAGAUUUCUUAUAUCAACUGAGAUCUCCUCUUUUAUCAUUUUGGCUUGAAAAUACUCAAACUUGCCACAGCUUGUUAGUAGCUUGGUUAGAAACCAACAACUCUCUGUCUUAUCGUCGCGGGGUUUUGCGUUUGAUUGAGGCAAUUCUUGUACAAGCUGGACAACAAAAUAAUUUAUCGAAAUUGCUCAGUUCUUCGUCGGACAUUUUGAAAAUACUUAUUUCAUUGGUAGACGGUGCUUUGCAUGAAGAAAUGGCAAGACAUAGCGAUAACGAGAGCGAUGGUGCUUCGAACUCAAGCUACUCUGCUUCAACCAGCAGAAGACGAAGUGAACGCUUAAGAAGGAAAUAUGGAGAUAACUUGGAACGUUUUAGUUAUUCAGUUUCGCCCAGUCCAUCAAAGAGAAAACGCGUGAAAAAACCAGUACAAGGUCAGUUUAGUGGUCAAAAGGUGGAUGAAGAACUUGUGGAUAAGUUACAGACGACCAAAUCGUCAAUUUUGGAAGAACUUGAACCCGUACUCGAAGAGAAGAGUAAUCAACAAGUAGAUUCAACUUCCAAAUCCUCAUCAACAAAUUGUAUCACUGGUUUUUCUGUUUUUGGUGCGGAGACAAGAGCUACAGUUGAUGAACUGUCUGGGGACGUUGGUAGAUUAGAUAGAGCUCUACCUUUUUGUGACCUGGUUGAGCAGUAUGAGGAAUUUUGUAGACAGUUGCAGCCAUAUUUAUAUCCAGAUUACACUGUUGCAGCUUUCCAAGUUGCUAAGGAUCUCUAUCUUGUUCGAAAAUGGUCCUUUAUUCGAGUUGUUCCAUUAGUUAAACUGCAACGAUAUGUAAUCGUUGGCUCUCCAAAUUUGUUUCAUAGUCAGACGCCAUGUUUAUACUCGGUUAUCCCAGUUCCUACAGAUUCCAUGCUAAGUCCAGCAAUAAUGAAUGUUCUAGUCCACGAAGGAAUGAAGGAGAAAUUUGGACAUAAAAUGACGGCUUGUAUUUUUGCAAUUAUUGAAAAUGACACCACAACUUCAUAUUAUCGUAUAACGAACUCUUUUGACGACUUGAUUUCUGAGACAGGAAUUUUUGAGUCGAUAGGCGAGAAUACAAACGAGGAUUCUGAAAAAUUCAAAGAUUUGGAUGAUGUAUGAAUUUUAAUAUUUAAGAUAUUAAUGUC